AAUUAUUCUAACUGAAAUCUGUUUGGUUCUUGUAGUGCUCUGGUAAAAUUUGUUUUUCUUGUAUUUGUUAGGUUAAUACUCUUGUAGAAUACUACAGACAGCUUGCUACAAAAGAAAAAGUUGAAAGGGAGAAAAAGAAAUUAACCAAACGCCGCAACUAUAUGCACAUAUCAGUGAGUAUUUAAAAUAAGACAUCAAUGUUGUUUAGAUUUUUGUUUAUAUUUUGUUUAUAUUUUUUUUAGUUAUAGAUAACAAUGAUAUUGAAACAAUCUGGAUGAAAAUAACAAUUCACAAUAUUAUUAUUUUUUGGCCAUUUAGUUUGUGGAAGAGUCUCUUUCAAAAUUUGAUUCCAAAUGUGAUUGUAGUGAAUUGAAUGACAGUAUAUUAUCAAUCAUUUUAUGACAACUUUUAACUUGGUAUUCUAUAACAAAAUGUAAAUAAGAAAAUAACACUCGCUUGUUUCAAAGCAUAUCAUUGAUAAUGUUGUUACCUUUUUUUACGCUUGAAUCAAUUUGUUGUGUUAAAAAUUUCUAAUUUCAAAUUAACAAGAAAAACCACUUAAGUUCUUAAACUACCUUAAGACAAGGAAAAAUCGAGAUAUCACUCAAGAUGUUUGUGAUUCUUUCUCUAAAAAAUAAAUAUAAUUAUUAUUAAAUAGGUUUAUUAAAAGCUUACUGAUUUUUCUGUUAUAUCUAAUCCCAAAUGCUGUAAAAUUCCCUUUAAAACUGGACACAGUAUAUACCAAGGAAGGUAAGAAAACAUUAAACAACAUAGCAAGUAGCAAGUAUCAAGUAAAUAAAAUUUUGUCUUAUUCACUAAAAUAUUCCUUUGAAUAAUUUAAAGGUUUGUUAAUUUUGAUUUAUGAGACAUUCUUAUGUGUUUAAAGAGUAAUAUUACAUAACAAGCUUUUGUCAGACUUAAAGAUAUUUGAAUUAAAAUCAAGUUUUUACAAUUUUGAUUAAUAAUUAAUCAAGUCUAUUUAAAUAUUUAAUUAAUCAUGUCUAUUUAAAUAUGUACAGUUCAAGAUGUAAAUAAGAUUCUUAAGGCCAGUGGUUUUCUUAUUAUUUGUCUAAAUCACCACAAAAGUUUUUGAAGCACUUGAGGUUUUGUAGGUGUUGUAGUUGAUUUUUUAUCUCAGGUAAGUUUUAUUGUUCUUUUGUUUCAACUUCAUUAGCGUUUUAACUAUACCCAAAAACAAAAGGAAAAGAAAUAUUACGUCAGAUGAAAACAAAAUUAACUACAACAUAGGCAAUAAUUGCCUUGAUCAUUUGUAAGGGCCAUUUGUACAAAGUCUGAGGAAAACAUAAUGACCAUUUAAAUAUAAAUAAUUUUGGAAUAUAGUAAUACUAUUGUCUGAGAAUGGUUUCUUAAAAAAAAUUGGAGGUUUACAACAGUCUUCACAAUGGCCCCAGACUGACUUCUGUUUGCUCAAAGUAAUUCUUCUGAAUUGUCAGGAUUGCCCCAUGUUGCAUGAGAAAUGUUUCCCUGUGAUUGUCUUGAUUGCAAGUCUGAAUACUUGUCUCAAGAUGAUAUGGAAGCCAGUAUUAACUGAUUGGGGGUGUCAUUUGUUGUUUUUACUUCUUGAUUUUUUAGGGCAAAAUUGAAUUAGAAUUCACUUUGGAAUAAAAGUCAGCAAAAAAGGUUUAAGAAAACGUUUUAAUGUGGCUGUAACAUCAUUUUCAAGUGACAAAUGAAAAAAUUGACUCAGUGUAUAUAUAGUUUGAGGUGAUAAAAUACAACAACAGUAACGCAUUUCAGUGUGCGUGGUGAUUACAUCUGAACAAAUGGUUUUGGGUGCAUGAAAAAGUAUGUGUCUUUUUGUGUUUCUUAGUUCGUAGUAAUUGAGUUUCAUGGCCAAGAAUGUUCCGCUAGUACAGCUCUUUUGCCAAAUUCCAAGACUAAAGCAAUGAUUCUUUUCUUUUCAGGAUAAGUUCAAUUUAUCAUCCUUAACAAGACGCAAGAGUAGUCUUUCUUAUCUGACUAGUUUCAGCUCAAAAGGGUAGGCAUUGUGUUGUUUAGUACGUUGUGUGGAUUAUCAAUGUAGGUUUCUGGGAAACUGCCCUCCUACCCCUCCCCUAAGCCAUCAUUUUGCCCUAAGUGAAAAGUAAGUGUUAAUGUUAGCGUAGGGGAGGGGUAGGUGGGCAGUUUCCCAGGAACCUAAAUUGAUCCCAUUGUGUUUCUGUUACAGUCGACUCCCGAUAACUUGAACCUUCUAGGGAAAUCUAAAAAAGUUCGAGUUAUCGGGAGUUCGAAGCAAAACAACCAGAAAUAAGGAGAUAAGGAAAUGGGAUGGGGAAGGAAUGCAAGUUUCAUGCACACUGAUAUUUUGAAAAGCAAUACAAAGAAUACUUGGUUUGUGUUGAAAUAAAUUCAAUGUUUCCAACUGCAGUACAAUUUUUUUUUACUUCAGUGUGCGUAUAAAACGUGGUUCGAGUUAUCAAGAGUAAAAUUAUAUAGCUAUUGUCUGAAGGGCAACGAAAAAUUACUUCAAGUUGUCAAGGGGUCAAGUUACUGAGGGUAAAAUUACGGUAAAUGUUUGGAGGAAAUCAACAGGAAAUCGAUUUUAGUUCAAGUUAGCGAGGGUUCGAGUUAUCGGGAGUCGAAUGUAUUUUUUUUUUUCAUCUCUGCUGUUUGUUGUCACUCAAAUUGAACACCUUGAAAAGUGCUUUUAUGAACCUUUGUUGUGUUUUGCUUAAUUAGGAAAGAAAUGGUUGAUGAAGAAGUGGUUCUAAAAAACCCUAGUGAAGCUGUGGAAGAAGUGGAAACAUUGGCUGAAGAAUUUUAUAACAAAACUUUAAUUCUUGAAAAAGGUAGCAUUAGUUUACUGGUGCUGUAAAUAGAUUUGUUGUGUUUAUAUUAUGUCGUGUGUCAGUGUGUAAAUUUUCUAAUGAGUAAAAAUUUUACAGAAACUAUCAAGCCAGCUAACCACUAAUUAUUAUGGAAAUGGUAUUGGCGUUGUCUACUGUUCAUGGAACUGCAUGUUUAUGGUUCGUCGUAAGUGUUGACCAAGUUGCGUAACAACUUUAAUUAAUAACAUUAUUUUCUUUUCUUUUAUUAGUUCCAAAUCUACAGCAGAGGUUGUGCCAGCCAGACUUUCAGCCAGAAACAUUAGCGUAAGUUUGCCUUAAUCAUCAUCAUCAUCAUCACCGCCAUUGUCAUUACCACUUUUGCUUUCAUUGUUGUCAUCAUUAUCAUUAUUCUUAAAUAUAUAGAUUUAGCCAGGGCUAAAAGCGAAGCCCUGGUUAAUAAUACUUAUUAUUCAUUCAAAAUAUUUCCCCAAUUCUGAUUGGCUAAAAGCACAUGUUUAAUUCACCAUAACCAGUUACUGAUGACCAAAUUUGGAAGAAUUUUGACUUUAACGAGGAAAUGACGUCAAAAAUGCAGCGUUUUCGCAGGUUAAGGCACCGUUAACCGAGAAGACCUGGGAACGAGGUUGAGUUGUUUUGGUUGUGAACUUAAAAAAAUGGCGGACAUUUCACUCGUUUCAAGAGUAAGAACUAGGCGAAAAAAUAGCUAAAAACACGGCAAGAACAGCAAGAAGACAACUCGAAGGGCGACAUCUGCUAUUUGGAGAAUAUUUGCGGAGCUGGACAAACCUAAACGUACACUAUCGAAGAUGAACUGAACAUCGAUGGAUCGAUGGAGGUAAGCAUGUUUUAGCUGUGUUUUUAAACUUGGAAUUAUUUUGAAUGAAUAAUAAAACAGUUAUUGAAUUCGGCUUUCGUAUCAUAUGAAGAAUUAUGGAGAUUUCGGAGGGUGUUAUCCGCCUCGGCCUACGGCCUCGACGGAUAACACCCUCCUCGAUCUCCAUAAUUCUUCAUAAGAUACUCAGCCUCAUUCAUUAACUGUUAAUUAUAAACAUAAAAGAAUAAUAAAUUGUGUAAUGCUAAACGGGGACGGCAAUGAAAAUGGCAUCAAGAUCAAUAGAUCUAAUUAGCAAAAAAACAAAUUUGCUCGUGCAGCACAUUGUUCUUUAUAAUUAGCAAAAAACAAAUUUGCACGUGCAGCACUACUAAAACGUAAAACUUCCCAGUUACACUUUAUUUUUAUGGAGGAAUUGUCAUAUGUGCUUACCAAAGAUUUUGUCGGUUUUCUGUGUUCAUGUUCGCUUUUAUUUUUCGCUGCCGCUCAUUUUCAACUGGCUGCUAGCAUUUCUCAUUUUCUCACCACCGCUAUGAAAUUUUCAUGGUUUUCUUCCAAUGAAAUCGUCUCCCUAGCUCUUUCUCUGUUAUCCACGUGAGUGUAAACAUCAAAAAUAACAUCGGAAAAGACAAGACUUUGUUAGUUUUUUUCUCUCUUUAAAAGUCCUGGCAGUCAUGCAAUUCUUCCGUUGCAUUUGAGUUGCCAUACCUGUUAAUUGAGUUAUUUUACAUUGGUGUGCCUUUGGUGCGGAUGGGCAGAUCAACGGUCGACCGGUCGGGCAGUGUACGGUCUUGUUAUUACCAAAUUUUCUAGGAUGGGUAGAUUUACUUAGCUAUGGAGCUCCGCUAUUACCACAAUCAACACUAUCCUUAUCAGUAUCAUUGUUAUCAUCACCAUCAUCAUCACUGGCAUCAUCCAUCCUUGUCACUCCAAGUGCAAUUUUACAGUGGAACCUGUUUCUUUGGAACACCCCUAUUCAAGGGACACCUCUCUUCAGGAGACACAAAAUUUUGUCCCGGAAAAAUGUUCACAUAAUCUUUGUUUCUGUUACCUCUAUUGAAGAGACACCUCUAUUCAGAGGAAAGGGACACUUUGUCUGGGUCCUGAAACCCUGGUUUAACCUCCAUUUAGGGGACACUUUAGCCCUUAAAAAGUGACUGACCAAAAACUGUGAUAAGUUUCAGUGUACACUAGUCACAAUGAUGACAGCUUUCACGAAAUGAACUAUCUCACUUAAAUCUAUGUAAUGCACUUGUGGGAUUUCUCAACACACAACAUCACACAGAUAAGUUAAUCAUGAAUCUUUAUUCGUUAUCUAACUACUUGAAAUAAAAAACCUCCUUUUACGGGACUCCUUUAUCCAUGAAUAGAGAUUCUACUGUAUUACAAGGAUGAUUUUCCUCAUUAACCUGUUUUUCACUGGUGGUUGUAUUUCCUUACAAUUUCUUCACCCAAACUUUUUACAGCAGAUACUACAAUAUUUGAUAAGCUUGAAGGUGGAUAUAUAUAUUCAAACACAACAUGCAACAGACUAGGAUAGAGGGGUGCUUCUUUUUUGCAGAUUAUGACAAGACGCCAAAGAUCACAGCUCUUAUACCUUGUAAAAAUUUAGUGUCACAUCGUAUCCUUUCUGUUGUAUGCCUUCUUGCAGGGAGGAGUCGGAGGUGGGGGGGACGCGGCAGCAUUUGCUUGUUUUAAAAUUCAUUGACACAAUAUUAACUUUGACUUGUCGUUGUACAAUCACAGUGAUCUUCAUCCAAGACAUAAGCAUCUCUUGGCCAAGAGGUCUCAGCGCUGCCGGGUGGGUAGCCUAUCUAUUAUGUCUUUUCUCUUAGGUUGAAAUAUUGGAUAAAAACUCUGAAUUUCAUGUUACAUAUCUAGUUAAAUUUUGUUUAACACUUAAGAAUAAAAGUAAGCGAAAAAAGUUUAACACGACGUUUCGAUGUCGCCAUGACAUCAUUAUCAAGUGACAAAGAUAAAACUAAAAACUGACUAAAUAUAUACGGUUUAAUGUGACAAAAUAAAGAACAAAAGUAACAUGUUGGCACGUUUAAAUGAAAUAUGUGAAAAUCUGUUAAACAAACAGUUUUGGCCGGAUGGAAUCUGAUCGUGUGUUUAGGCUUGGUUUCUUCUCCUUUAUAAUAAGCAUUUCGUAAAUCAGGCAGUCUAAUUUUCCAUUACACCUCUUGAGUACGGAAAAGUUGUUGCUCAAGUCACCUAUGGUUUUUAGGCCAUGGACGUUCUUUAAAUGCCUCCUAAUUGCCGAGCGAUGGUGCUCAUGAAUUUCAUGUUGUGAAGAAAAAUAGUAACAUACAAAAGAAGUACCAAAGAGGUUUCAUUUAAAAUUGUCACACGAUAAGAUUUUAUCCACAUAGACUUACACAUGUACAUGUCUAUAACUUACGGAGAGAAAAUGUCAAGGGUAAUGUAUGGCUAUGUAGAUGCAAUAUGGAUGCUGAAAUGACUAUCACAAAAGCUAAUGUUGGUACAUAUAUUAUUAUCAUAAGAUUUAAAAUAACAUCCUUUUAUUUCCAAACAGCAAUGUGAACACAAUCUAAGCAAACCAGAAUUCAACCCUUCAUCAAUAAAGUUCAAGAUUCAGUUAGGAGCAGUGUAAGUAGUAGAGAGGUAAUAGAAAUAUGAUGGUGAAUUUUACACCUGCAGAAUUCACAGGGUUCGAAAUAAAAUCACUACUUUUAGCCUGAAACUCUAGGCUUUUUUUGUCAAGGCUUUUAAAAUUUUUUCCCGGCUGCCAAUAAUGAAUAAGUUUGCUUCGUACGUGUUCAGCAACGGCUGAUGAUUUUCAAAUUCUUGGAAACCAUAAUGAUGAACAUAUUUGUUUUCGGUAAUUUUGCUGCCUAUGUCUUGCCAAUCCCAGCAUGUUAGGAUUGUAUUGAAACAAUCAAUUCGGAGAUAUUUGUUUGUCUUUUCCCAGCUUUCGAAUGUAGAUGUCUUCACCGACAUCGCUGAUUCAUGUGACCAGAGCGGCAUAUUCUAUGAAUCACUUUUAUUCACUUUCCGCGAUCUGCGAAAUUUGCCAAGAACCCGUUGCUAGCACGUGACCAAAAUCUUUUUAAAUUAAAAUUUCACUUUCUUCCCUGAGAAUCCUUGAAAAUAUGAAGUGAUUUUAAAAUGAUUUCGCACAUAACUUGCAUGUGCCACACUUGAACAAACGCGUAAAACAAUUAGUCGUCCACGGUGAACAAGAAUUCUCAUUUUCAACUUUUGCAGCACGAAUUUCCAAACCUUUCUCUUCUGUUUCUACGCAUUUUAAAACAAUUCCAAAAAGUUUUUAAAACGUUUCUUGGCUGCUCUGAUAUCUGAUAUGAAAUGUUUACAACAACAUUACAGCGACUUCGAUUUCAGUAGGCCGAUCAAAGCAUGAAAUGUUCUGUUUCUUCGGUAAAAAGAAGCUGGCAAGUGUGGUCACCUCAAUAGCCCACAAUGAAAAAAUGUCAGCUUUACCCUCCUUAGCAGCCCCAAAAGGCAAAAUGAUCUGAAAAGGGGAUGUAUAUUUUAAUCUGUAUGAGCCCCACAAUACUAUGCAAUGGCAACAUGUUGUCAUCAUAACCUUCCCCCCAAAAAUGCAUUAUGUAAAGUAAUUCAUCUUUGUCUCCCUUUUAGUCAUUAUCUACCAAUGCUAAGAAUUUCGAAUGUUCCAGCCCUAAAAUUUGGAAAGGUACGUACACUGUUUUCAACUCACAAUACAUCCUAACUCAAUGACCACGAACAGGCAGGCCCCUGAUAGUAACUGUAGAGGCCUCAGUAAUAGUUUGAAGUUUCAUAUGUUUGCCUUAACAAAACGAAUAAUUAUGGCUAAGGAUAUUGCAUUGGUAAGACUUUUCAUCUGGCUCCCGCGCUUUGAAAAUUUUGAAGUUUCUUAUGUUUGUCUUAUAAGAAAACGAAUAGUUAUGGCUAAGACAGCAGUACCUUACAGAAUCAAUUGUUUCCGAUAUUGCAUUGGUAAGACUUUUCAUCUGGCUCCCGCGCUUUGAAAAUUUUGAAGUUUCUUAUGUUUGUCUUAUAAGGAAAAGAAUAAUUAUGGCUAACACAGUAGUAGUUUACAAAAUCAUUUUUUCCGAUAUUGCAUUGGCAAGAAUUUUCUAAUUACUUUUGUAUCAAGUUUUUAAUACUUCAGGUCCAACAUAAAGGAAGGAUGAACUUUGACAUCCAGUCUCUCGCUUUUGCAGGAAGCGCAGGUGACUCUCUCCUUCACAAAUCCAGUGGAAAAUUUAUUAAAAGUCACUUUGUUGAACAUCGAAGAAGAUGAAAAGGACGCUGUUGCUGAAACGGAGAAGGAGAAGCAGGAUGAGGGCAAUGAUAAAGGAGCUGACGGCAAGAUGGAGGAAGGCAAAAAAGACGAUACAGAAAAGACCAAAGAAGAUGGAGCAAAAGACAAGGAACAGAAAAAUGUUGAUGAUGAAGGAAAGAACAAGGAGGAGGGAAGCGAGAAGGCUACUGAUGAUAAAAAGCAGGAAAGUUCUGUUGGUGUGAUGGGGAUAAACAGGAAGUUUGAUCGAAGCAUUGACAACAGUUGUGAGGGAAGGUCAUUCGUUCCCACGGCUCAGGUAAAGUAUGUUAAAUUUUUCCCCAUCUCAGUUUACUUGAGUAAGUUUUAAUAUUUUAUAAAACAUGUAGAACUGACAGGAAAUAUAACUGUUAAAACAAGGAGUAACUGACUCGAAAAAUAGAAAGGUGAACUCAGACAGUGACUUUUGGAGAUUCUGGACACUCAUGUUACUGUUUAGGUAGAUCUACCUGUUAGAUUUAGGUCAUUAUCUGUUUGCAUUUUUCAGGUCAGCAAAGGUAAGCACUUUGCGGGUGACAACUCGUCGCGCAUGUCUUGUGCUUGCUUUCUCAUUCCUGAAAAAACACCAAACAAUAAAGUCUGCUCUGCAGGCUAGGUUAAAGUUUCCUUUGGUAUUAAAGCCUAUAAAGUGUCUUGACAACUUCAUAAUAUAGCUACAUCUUUGUCGACAUAAAAGUAAUAUUUAUUAUCUGUUUGUAUAACUGUUGAGGACAUGAUGUAAACACUAUGUUGACAAUGUGUGGUGUAUAUACACCUCUCAACAGGCAUUCCACAAAAGGCGUUUUAACAAAGAGGUUCAGAAACGGGAGCAAGCAAAUUAACCCUUUCAAGUCCUAUGAGUAACCAACAUCAAUUUUCUCCUAAUAAUUUCAAUACAUCGUCAAAAGGAAAGCAAUGAGAAUCAAUAAAAUGAUCACCUAUAAGGAAAAAUACUUUGAUGUUUUAUCAAAUUCUCUAAACUAAUUAUUUAAGGAAAUUUAUGGGGAUCAGUCUGGAGAAUUUGUAUGUCAAUAUUGAGGCUUAAAGGACAGUAAGGACUGUUGUCGUUUUCUUAGGUCACCCUUCCUACCUACCCGCUCAUGUUAGGAGCACGUGACGAAGCAGCUGAAUUUGAUGAGAUGGAUUCCUCAACAUCUGCAGAGAUGUUUAAUGAUGAUCCAAGGUUUGUUUUCAGUAAGCACUUCCAUUUCUGCAAGGCUGAGGAGAGCCCAAAAUGUUUUCAAGAUAACGUGAAACCAGAAGCAUAUAGCCCCGAAGCAUAUAACUUUGUCGCAGUGCUGGGGUUUUUUAGGGAACCAAGCAAAAUUUACUUCCUAAUAUGGAAUUACUGGUAAGCGAGAUUGUCGCGCGAGUGCUUUAGUCGGAAAACUUGUAUCGCGAUGUAAAUGAUGCGGUGCGAAAAGCAUUUACUGUUUUACGAGGUAAUAUUUGACGAAACACGGAAUUCACUACAUGUAUUAAUCCCCAAAUGACUAGGACUAAGUUAGUUCCUCCUAACAAGACAAAGUCGACUACCAAUGACAUGACCGUAAGAGAAGCGAUUUCUUAAAGUUAUAAUUUUUUUACUUCAGAAACUGUUUUUGCGUGACCAUUAGCGCAAAUAACCUUUACAAAAUCACCUGACAUCUAUCUAGAAUAACAAGUAACACAUAUUUUCAAAUAAACUUCACUAGUUGCUGAACUCGAAAGUAAAAAUUGUGCAAAAUUCGUUGCCAUCGUCGUAGAAGUGAUGCGUGUAAUAAGAAGAAUGAAACGCAAGUUAAGAAGACUUCAGAUGCCGGCGAUCAUGUUUUCAACUAUUGCAAGACUAAUGUUAUGAAUGAACAAACAGAAAACAAUAAACAGACAAAUUGUUUCUUGAAAAUGUUUAUUCGAAAACCGACAAGAGUACCGUUAAAAGCAAUUCACGUAACACUGACUGGAUCGUGAAUCCGUUCCCACAAGUAAAAUAGGCUGAGCACAUAGCAAAAAUCAACACUAAAAUUAUCUGUGUAAGGUCGGGCGCAUUUCGCAAUUUUUCGUGAAAACUCUAUCAAAAAAAUAUAAAAC